UAGUAACCUCUUUGAUUUAGUAACUUUCAACGACCGACUGGCAAAACAAACUAUCAGACUUCAUCAAAUUAUUUGUCAUAGAAUAAAGGUGAUAUUUUACUUUUUGUUUCUUUCCAAAUCUUUGUGAAAAUGGCUGGUCCUUGCUGUCCACCACCAUGCUUUCCCUGUGGCGAAUCUCCACCUGCACCGCUUUGUCCACCUUGUCCACCUGCAGCACCACCUGAACCACCAGUGGUUCGCUUGGUAAACACAAUAGAAGAGUCCCAGGAUCCCUGCUCAUUCAAGAAUUGCCUAAUUUUUCGAAAUCAUGAUGGACCCUACACUCGACCCCUUGAUCCCAAGGAGUGUGCCCGAAAUCGUCGCAAAAAUAUCGAUAGAUCGCUGGGUUAUCCUUUGGGCGUGGUAACUGGACUUGCUGCUGUAAAGUCGGGUAUUCAAAAUCAGGAGAGUGUCCGAUAUGCAGGAUACCUCAAAGGAUUCGCUCAUUCCUACUAUACGCGUCGCGAUGAAUGGGUGCCGGAAAUGAUUGAUAUGGUUAUAAAUGAUGGUCAGAUACUGUUCAAUGAUUCCGAGAAUAUGGAUAAUCCCAAUUCAAUUGAGAAUCCAGAUGUUUACGAUGAGAAUGAGCAGCGGGUGACGCGGGCAUUCAAGAUCAAUGAGAUCGAAUUUGCCGUGGAGUUGGAUACAGCCUUUGAGAUUUAUGGUUUUCCGAAUAAUAUACAUAAUCUGCGGCGCAUCCUGAGGGCUUUCUUUAAGAAAUGCAAAUAUGGAGUGUUUUUCACACCCACCUGGUAUUUGCUAAUCUGGAAGGAGCGAGGUGUGUGGAUGGUCUUGGAUCUAAAUGGCAGGGACAGGGAAACCAUGAAGCCCAGUCAGGAUUCGGGAUAUCCCGUACUAUUGGCCAUGAAGUCUUUGGACAAUGUUGUCUGGCUGAUCAAGAAGGAGAGUGACCUGGAGAAGACUGACAAGUUUACAAUCCGUGAGAUACUAGUCACCCGAUUGGCCACACCUGGCCCUCAGGGUCAGAGUUGGGAGCGAGAGCAUGGUAUGCGUAUGAGUGAAUAUGAUGUAAUUGCUUCGGAUUAUGCCUAUGUCAAGUCCAAUUUGCAUCUUACUCUGAACCCCAAGGAUGCUUUGAGGAAUCGCAGUGCUUUGCCUGUGGCAGUGGCCACUGCUCUCGCCUCCAAAAUCGAUCAUCCUGCCACUUGGGAUAUGAAAAUGUAUGACAAGGUCAUGUGCUAUGGUGUUAAUAUGUGCAAGAAUUGCUGGGAACCUUGCACAAAUAUCAAUAAACCCAUGGAUCUUGAUGAUUUUCCACGUCAGAUUCGAAUGGGUCAGUUUGUGGCCGAAAUCUUUCUCACGCCCAAUGUCUAUGAGGGUUGGUGGAAGUGUGUGCCCAUGUACAAGUUCAAUGAUUUCCAUUUGAUGCUGGAAAAGGCUUUAAAUGAGAACGAUUACGUCAUCUUUCAGAUCAACAAUCAGAUGUAUUCGUUGUGGAAAAAGUCGGACUUUAUCUAUCUCAUGGAUCCCUAUCGUCAUAACAUCGUAGGUCGCAUCCUGGAGGAGGGUGAAGAUCCCAAAAGUGCCAGCGUUCGUAUGUUUGGAAAUAUGGAUCGCCUGUUGAGUGUCUUUCAUCAAGUUCUCCUCGAAUCCAAUCGUUCGGCAAUCUUUCAUAUUCACACUUUGAGAAUAAGAAAUAUCACCGAAUGUCCACCGGGCACAGCUCCAGCUUUACUGCCACCUGACCAGGAUGUGGAGGUUAGAUCACUCAAUGAGACCAUACGUUUCGAUGAGAACUAUGACAAGUGUUUGCAAGAGUUGGGCGAGAUCAGUGACUUUGAGGAGGAUCUGGCCUCUGAAAUUGAGCCCAUUGUGGAGAUCAGUUCCUCGGAGGAGAUGGUCGAGGAGGAGGAAGGCGGUGGUGGUGGCGAAAUCGAAGGAGGCGAGGGCGAAGACGAAGAUUAACCGAAAGGACCUGGGUUUUUCCCGAUUCUGCGCAAUUAUGGCCGCCGUUUUUCGCUCAUCUUUUAAAGCUUCUUUUAAUCAAAGGAAAAUGUGGCUAUGAUCUCAGAAAUAUUUAAUCAAAUGUAUGAAAUGAAUGUAGGAAUAAAUUAUUAUGUAAAUUACUAGGUAUUUAAUGAAACAGAAA